GUGGACGUAUAAAACAGAAGAGGAACUGGAUGGCUCGAGCCACUGGGGUCAGCUGACGACUUACAGUGGCGCAGGUUAUGUCCAGGAGCUGGUCGGGAACAACUACACCUCAGCGAAGGCGCUGGUUGACCACCUGUUUAAUGAGCGAUGGAUAGACCGAGGCACAAGGGCUGUCUUUAUCGACUUCACUGUCUACAACGCCAACAUCAACCUCUUCUGUGUCGUAAGGUUCCUUGUUGAGUUCCCGGCAACAGGUGGCGCCAUCCCCUCCUGGACAUUCCGAACUGUGAAGCUGAUCCGCUACGUGACUGUUCAGGAUUACUUCAUCAUGGCUUGUGAAUGCAUCUUUGUCCUCUUCAUUGUUUACUACAUUGUAGAGGAAUCCCUUGAGAUCAAGAAGCACAAACUGUCCUACUUCAAGAACGUGUGGAACAUCCUUGACAUACUGGUGAUCCUGUUAGCCAUCCUUUGUGUUGCGUUUGAUGUAUAUCGGACAGUGGAAGUGGACAACAAGCUAAGUGUACUACUGGAGAAUCCAGACAAAUUCGCAGACUUUGAGUUCCUCAGCUACUGGCAGACCAGAUUCGACAAUGCGAUUGCCAUAGCAGUCUUCCUGGCCUGGAUCAAGGUUUGUUUUAGGUUUGGAAUGCUAAACCUUUUAACACUCGCCUGCUCCAAGAACAGAGCAAAAUGA